AUGGAAGACGACCUCAUUGUCGUCGAUGAUGUUGAAGAAAUGCCACCACCCUCAGAACCACAGGCAGGCUCUUCCCAACAAACCGAGUACUCCCAAAAUGCACCAUCGGGCUCGCGAACAUCAUCUCGCCUCAGGACAAGUACCCAACCUCCGAGGGCCCCUAGUGAAAAUAUAGAUCGAGCCACGCGCUUUGCUUCUUUCAAUAAGACGAAAACCCAGCCCAAAUUGAAGCUUAAACUCAGCGAGAAAGCUGCCUCUCAAGCACCAGGAAUGUCGUUCCUGGGACAGUAUGACAGAGAACUGGAUUCAGACGAUGAAGACUUGGUGUUCGAGGAACAGUUCAUUCUGCGUAUGCCUCCAGGGGAGGAUUGUGAUAAGUUGAGAAAGAUGGUAGCUGCGAGAGAACUUUCCAACGACGUUUGGUUCAAAUUCAAAGACUCUCGUCGGGCGGUGUUUCAUAUCGGGAAUAAUACCUAUACUGCCAAGCUGGUCGACCUACCUUGUAUAAUCGAAUCUCAGAAGACUUUGGACAAUAAGCAAAUGUUCAAAGUCGCUGACAUAUGUCAGAUGCUUGUUGUUGAUAACCGUAUCGAAAAUGAUGAUGCGGUGGCACAUUCUUCUCGAGGCUUCAACAUAGAAGAGUUUAUAUGGCCGCAUGGAAUAACACCUCCUCUUCACCAUGUACGCAAACGGAGGUUUCGGAAAAGAAUCAACAAACGGACUAUAGAGAGUGUCGAGCAAGAGGUCGAACGUUUACUGGAGGCUGAUAACAUGGCCACGGAGAUCAAAUACGAGGUUCUCGAUAAUGUGAAUCCGGACAUGUCGGAUUCGGAAUUCAUUGAGCGGGAAGAACCUGUUGACGCGCCAACACCCGCUAUUUCAGAUAUGGGAGACGCUGGCACUCCCGGUGACUUGAACGGUCAUGAUGAAGAAGGCGAAAAUGGGGAUGAGGACCCCGAAGGUGACAUUGAUGAAGAACUGGCCGCGGAGCUAGAUCUGGCUCUUAAUGACGAGGAAGAAGAAGGGGACGAAGAAGAAGAGGAGGAGGAAGACAGCGAUGAAGAGGACGAUGACGACGACGACGACGAAGAUGCACAAUCGAGGAAGCUGCUGAACGAAGAAAUUCGGGAUUUGGAGGCAGCUGUGGCCAAGAAAAAUAGCGAGAUAUCAAGUUCGGCGAAUCCUCUAAUUAGGAAACGGUUCGAGGAUGCUCUGAAGAAACUGACGGCUGAUUUGGAGAUGAAACUGGCCCAACGUGACGAACUUAAAGAACAGCAGCGCAGGAUAAAGGAAGGAAUACCUCUCGAUCAUGAUCCCGACUCGGAUUCGGACACUGGGGGUGGUACUGGCGAUACUCAGAACGCGAGGACGAUCGAGGCUGAUGACCUUUUUGGAGACCAGGAUUCGAUGGAAAUGGACUAA